AGACUCAGAGAUGGAGGAAAAUUCAAGUCGUACAACAACAGGAACGCAAUGUUCAGACUCAAACGAUUCCGCCUCAGAGAAUCGGACAAAAAUCGUAUCCUGUCUGUUGAAAUCCUCGGCUUCUAACGGCAAAAGGAAGUCUUGUCAGGUUUCGUUCGAUCUUCUCCGAAACCAAUGCAUCAAAUACAACCGUUUCGGCACAUUGAUAGAACCGGGGACACGUAUUCUCGGCUACAUCAGUUCGUGUGGCGUGGCUCCCGGCGAAGAUCCCAAUUACAAGCGAUCCAUACACCUGCUACCGAGCAAACAAGCCAGCGAAUAUUUCACUCCGGUCAGAGCACGCAGACCAUCAUCAUUUACGUUUCUAAUAUCGCGGCCGACCGAUACGGAUGGUUCAGUCUCUCCUCGAGUGCAUUCACAAGUUUUGACCGGUUAUUCCUCUUGUUUGUAUCCGACGCAGUUUGCAGCACACCGAGUCCAGUUCAGCGGUCACAAAAGUAAUCCAUUCUUCCGACACUCUGCCCAUUGCAACGGAAACGUGACACUAUCCAAGCCGCGCAAUGUACUUCCCACCGAAUCGAGCCAACGAUGCCACACAGGCAAAAUCAAACUGGCAGGCAGAUCGAUGCCAGCCGAACGUUUAGCACAAUCGAAUCCAUGUCAGGCGUGUAUGCACACAGUCCAAUGAGCUAUGUGUGAUAAUGACAAUCCCCUGUUGGUGUCUUCCUUGGUCUGGUCCUCCUACAGAUUUGGCUGGAAUUCGUGAUAUUUGUAAGCACGUCGUCAUGCAUGUCAUAAUGCGAUUGCACAUCCGAAGUACUUAUAUGUACACUACCUCGACCGAUUGUAUAUAAUACAGUUUGUAUAAAACGCAA